GCAGCGGCGACGGCGGCGCGGGCCUGGGAGACCAGGCACAUGCCGCGAUGCAGCACUAUGGGGUGAAUGGCUACUCGCUGCAUGCCAUGAACUCGCUCAGCGCCAUGUACAACCUGCACCAGCAGGCGGCCCAGCAGGCCCAGCACGCCCCCGACUACCGGCCCUCAGUGCAUGCACUCACGCUGGCCGAGCGCCUGGCUGACAUCAUCUUGGAGGCCCGCUAUGGCUCACAGCACCGCAAACAGCGUCGCAGCCGCACCGCGUUCACAGCUCAGCAGCUCGAGGCCCUGGAAAAGACCUUCCAGAAGACUCACUACCCGGACGUGGUGAUGCGUGAGAGGCUGGCCAUGUGCACCAACCUGCCUGAGGCCCGGGUGCAGGUGUGGUUCAAGAACCGCAGGGCCAAGUUCCGGAAGAAGCAGCGCAGCCUGCAGAAAGAGCAGCUCCAGAAGCAGAAGGAGGCUGAGGGCUCCCACGGGGAAGGCAAGACCGAGGCCCCGACCCCAGACACCCAGCUGGAGACUGACCAGCCCCCCAACCUGCCCAGUGGCGACCCCCCUGCUGAGCUUCACCUGAGCCUGUCUGAGCAGUCAGCCAGUGAGUCGGCCCCCGAAGACCAGCCUGACCGGGAGGAAGACCCCCAGGCAGGGGCUGAGGAUCCCAAGACUGAGAAGAGCCCUGGGGCUGAGAGCAAGGGGCUGGGCUGCAAGAGGGGCAGCCCCAAGGCAGACUCCCCGGGCAGCCUGGCCCUGACGCCUGCAGCCCCGGGGGCCGGCCUGCUGGGCCCCUCCCACUCCUACUCCUCCUCCCCGCUGAGCCUCUUCCGUCUGCAGGAGCAGUUCCGCCAGCACAUGGCCGCCACCAGCAAUCUGGUGCACUACUCGUCCUUCGAAGUGGGGGCCCCGGCCCCCGCCGCCGCGGCCGCCGUGCCCUACCUAGGCGUCAACGUGGCCCCGCUGGGCUCACUGCACUGCCAGUCGUACUACCAGUCGCUGUCCGCGGCCGCCGCUGCCCACCAGGGAGUGUGGGGGUCCCCGCUGCUGCCUGCGCCCCCUGCAGGCCUGGCGCCUGCCUCAGCCGCCCUGAACAGUAAAACCACAAGCAUUGAGAACCUGCGGCUGCGGGCCAAGCAGCACGCAGCAUCCCUGGGACUUGAUACGCUGCCUAACUGACUGCUGGCCGCCCCCUGCAGCCAGGGCUCUUGGGCGCCCCCAGCCCAGCCCCAGGGUCAUCCCAACAUGGCUCUCAAGGAGCUACCUCAUGAGCCCAGGGAUCCUGGGGCCUUGGAGUCCUGCCUCCUGCCCCCCCAUCUCCCCAAGCUCCAGCCCUCGGUGAAGCCCACACCUGCACCCUCUGCAUGGCCCUGCUUGGAUCCCAUGGAGGCCGAAUGGGGAGGAGGUGAGAGGCUAGUGCCCCCAGCUUUCCCCAGUGAGAGGUUCUAGCUGGCCAGACCCCUGCCUCAGGGUCGCCUCCUCCUAUCCCCUGCUUCCUCCCCUAGUAAGUUGCUGUGUGGAAUGUGAGAUAUAAAUAUAAAUAUAUAAAGCUAUAUUUUCAGGCAUCUGCCUGCCCCAGGCCCCCUGCCCCGCUCCAGCUCCAUCGCUUCUCCACUGCCUCCCCCCAGCUCUGCCUACAGCUUCUGCUCUCCCUCUGGCCUUCCCUCCUCUCUCUGUCUCCGCUUUCCUCCUUCUCCUUUCCCCACCCUCUGUCUUCCCCUCUCUGGAUCUCCCCACCCUGUCUCUUCUUCCUGCCCCUGCUUUCUUUCUUCCGUGCUGGCUGUGUUGAUGUAGACCGGUCCCAAAUUACGUUUUGUUUGGGGAUAUGGCUUUUCAGUUUUAGUCAUUUGGCUUCUUCCUGUUCCUCUCCUUUUGCUUCUUCCCAGCCUCCUGGCUC